CUGAUGCCUCUGGAGCUUUUUCUUUUAUGGCACCAUUGAAUCUGCCUCUGCAGAAGUACAGUGAAUGCUGUGGCUUCAUUUGGAACAAAGGGGAUUAGGGAAAAAAUCUUUCUGAUAAGGCAUUUGAAAGCAAGGGCAGGCAGUCUUUGGUUGUGAAUAUUUUCUGAUUUUUCCAGAAAUCAAGCAGAAGAUUGAGCUGCUGAUGUCAGUUAACUCUGAGAAGUCGUCCUCUUCAGAAAGUGGUGGUUCCGGGCAGCACAUAGAAGCACUGAGACCAUUUGUGACAGCUGGGUCCUUUACUGCAUCAUUACAGACUUUUUAAAAAGGGCAACAAUGGACUCCCCUCCUCCGCCAAAUGAGGCCAGAGCCUCAACAAAAAGUUCCUUCUGCACCUCCACCUCCACCUCCUCCACCACCUCCACCUUUGCCAGAGUCAGCACCACCAGAGCCAGAAGAAGAAAUUCUGGGAUCUGAUGAUGAAGAGCAAGAAGAUCCUGCAGAUUAUUGCAAAGGUGGCUAUCAUCCUGUGAAAAUUGGAGAUCUUUUCAAUGGCCGGUAUCAUGUUAUCAGAAAGUUAGGAUGGGGACACUUCUCUACAGUCUGGCUAUGCUGGGAUAUGCAGGGGAAAAGGUUCGUUGCAAUGAAAGUUGUGAAAAGUGCUCAACAUUAUACAGAGACAGCCUUGGAUGAAAUAAAGUUGCUUAAAUGUGUUCGUGAAAGUGACCCUAAUGAUCCAAAUAAAGACAUGGUUGUACAGUUAAUUGAUGACUUCAAAAUUUCUGGCAUGAAUGGCAUACAUGUUUGUAUGGUUUUUGAAGUGCUUGGACAUCAUCUUUUAAAAUGGAUAAUCAAAUCCAACUACCAGGGCCUUCCAAUUCGUUGUGUUAAAAGUAUAAUACGACAGGUGUUGCAAGGUUUAGAUUAUCUCCACAGCAAGUGUAAGAUCAUACAUACAGAUAUCAAGCCAGAAAACAUCUUGAUGUGUGUGGAUGACACCUAUGUGCGUAGAAUGGCUGCAGAAGCUACAGAGUGGCAGAAAGCUGGAGCUCCCCCUCCUUCUGGCUCUGCAGUGAGUACUGCCCCACAACAAAAACCUAUUGGAAAGAUCUCUAAAAACAAAAAGAAGAAACUAAAAAAAAAGCAAAAGAGGCAGGCUGAGCUACUAGAAAAACGUUUGCAGGAAAUAGAGGAAUUGGAGCGAGAAGCUGAAAGGAAAAAAAUAGAAGAAAAUAUAACCUCAAGUGUACUAUCCAAUGAACAGGAGGAUGAAUACCACCCUGAAGUCAAACUAAAAACUGUUGAGUUGGAGGAGGUAGCAGAUGAAGAACCUGGGAAUGAGGAUGGUGAAACAGAAGAUCAGGAUGAAAAGGAAGAUACAGAAAAAGAAAAUACAGAGAAAGAUGAUGAUGUUGAACAGGAACUUGUCAAUUCAGAGUCUACCGAUCCCACAUGGAUAGAAUCCCCCAAAACAAAUGGCCACAUUAUAAAUGGUCCUUUCUUACUGGAAGAACAGAUUGAAGAUGAAGAUGAGGAAGAGGAAGAAUGUCCAAAUGCUGAGCAAUAUAAUCUUGAAGAGCCAAAUGCAAAAAGUGAUUAUAACUAUAGUAGCUCCUACGAACAAUUCAAUGGCGAAUUGCCAAAUGGAUGUCAUAAAAUUCCCGAGUCACAGUUUUCUGAAUUCUCAGCUUCAGUAUUCUCUGGAGCUUUAGAUUCUAUAGCUUGUGGUUCAGUGAUUUCUGAAGAAUCAGCUGCAACUGAAAGAGAGGAGAGUGUUCCAUCCCAUGAUAGAAGUAGGACAGUUUCAGCAUCCAGUACUGGAGACUUGCCAAAAACAAAAACCCGUGCUGCUGACUUACUGGUGAAUCCCCUGGAUCCAAGAAAUGCAGAUAAAAUUAGAGUUAAAAUUGCUGACCUGGGAAAUGCUUGCUGGGUGCAUAAACACUUCACAGAAGACAUCCAGACACGGCAGUAUAGGUCCAUAGAGGUGUUAAUAGGAGCAGGUUACAGUACACCGGCUGAUAUCUGGAGUACAGCGUGCAUGGCAUUUGAGCUGGCAACUGGUGAUUAUCUGUUUGAACCACAUUCUGGUGAAGACUACUCCAGAGAUGAGGACCACAUAGCACACAUCAUAGAGCUGCUAGGCAAUAUCCCAAGGCACUUUGCUCUAUCUGGAAAAUAUUCUCGGGAAUUCUUCAAUCGCAGAGAUCACAUAGCAUUGAUCAUUGAACUACUGGGGAAAAUCCCUCGAAAAUACGCUAUGUUGGGGAAAUAUUCCAAGGAGUUUUUCACCAAAAAAGGAGAACUUCGACACAUUACCAAACUGAAGCCUUGGAGCCUCUUUGAUGUGCUUGUGGAGAAGUACGGUUGGCCUCAAGAGGAUGCUGCCGAGUUCACAGAUUUCCUGAUCCCUAUGCUAGAAAUGGUUCCAGAAAAACGAGCCUCGGCUGGUGAAUGCCUUCGGCACCCCUGGCUGAAUUCUUAGCAGAAUCUUCAAAUAUAACUCUGGGCCAGCACCCACAUUCCCAUACAUCAGGCCUAAAUGGUGACUGUCAUAAAUUCUCUUAACAGGAUCACAAAUGAGCUGGCUUCAACCCCAGACCUUUAUUUUGCUUUGAGGUACUGUUUGACAUUUUGCUUUUUGUGCACUGUGUUCUUGGGAGGGGUAGUAUUUUUGUCUUCAGCUUGUAGUUUUACUUACUCUCUCUGCAGAAAACACUAAUGUCUUUAAGCAUUGUUUCUUGUGUUGUGUAGCAUUCAGACAUCAACUUUUUGAACAAACAUCCUUUAUUCUCCCCCUGUGUGUUUUGGCAGGUUUUGUAACUAUUUAUGAAAAAUAUUUUAGCGGAGUAUUAUAUAAUUUACAAGUGUGAAACAUUAUCAAGCCAGAAUUGAGAACAUGUACAAAUCUUUCUUCUGGCAAUGGGACAUUGUUCUUGUAAAAUAGUGUAUGUAAAUGCACCCUGUAAAUGUUUAUUUCCAUUAAAAAUGGGAUGGGGACACACAUUUCAGAGUCAAGCUACUAAAUUGAGAGAGACUUGUAGUGUACAAAUUGCAUGUAGUUGAUCUCAACCUACUUGAGAAGUUGCAAAUACUUUCCUUUCUGUAACAGUGCCCAUCUUGGAUUUGAAAGAAUGUGGCUCUGAUUUAAUUCUGUAAAGAAGGCACUUUAAAGGGAGGCUAAGACGUCAUCCUAAAGAGAACAUAUAUUUUAUCAUUUCAGUGUCCCCUGAACCCUUUUGCCUGUUUCUAAGUGCUUUUAAGGAGAAGUGUUAUUUACUUUAGAUCUCUGAGCUGAGGGCUUGGUACCAUGGGACACUGCUUUUUUGUGGUUGAUGCAUUUGUCUUAGGAAUGGGAAAACAGCCUGGGAAGCAUUCUUUGAGCAGCAUUAUUAACCUGGGAUUAAAAAGGUGCUCAGUUUAAGGAAGGAAAAGCAGAACUAAUGCAAAUUUUACAUUACAACAAAAGAUCAUGCACCUUCCAUACAUAGCUUUACAUGUUUCUAAAACAAAUUGCACUAGCUUAUUUCUCCCUUCCCCCAUAAAUUGACAUAUUGAGGAACUAAUCUUCCUUUCUAAGUUGCACACAAAAUUAUAAGUGUUUUCUGAAUAAUAAUAAUCAUCAUAAAGCUAAGUAGAUUCCAAAAGAGAACUCAUAGGCAAUACAGAUUUUAGAAUGUAAAAUAUGGAGGUGUAUUUUAGCCUCUUUUAGAAGUCAGUGGAAUGAAUGUAAAUUUAUUUCUGGUUUUACACAUUAAUUAUGGUGCCACUUUUUCUCAACAUUGUCCAUUUUAAAUUUAUUCACUUGCCUUUGCAAUAAUUAGAUUGUGAGACGAUACCCCGUGUUGUAACAAUAACCAAUUGUUUGAGGUGCUUGCAGUUGUCUAAUUAAAGUGGUUGUUUUUUCAGAA